AUGAAGGUCGCACUGAUCACCCUCGCCUGUCUGGUGGCCGCCGUGAGCGCUGAUGUCAGCUACCUGCCGCCGGCGAGGGACAGCGCUGCCGGAGGCUACCCCAGUGGUCGCCCGGGCUACGGGGCCCAGGCAGAUGAAGAAAACAAUGGCCCGGCUAAGUACGAGUUCUCGUACGAGGUGAAGGACGCCCCUUCGGGCAACGACUUCGGCCACAAGGAGAGCCGCGACGGAGACGUCGUGAACGGCGCGUACUACGUCGCGCUGCCCGACGGCCGCACCCAGUUCGUCGAGUACGUGGCGGACCAGGCAGGGUACCGGCCCCAGGUCACGUACCAGGGCGAGGCCAAGUACGGGCCGCCCGCCGGCGGGCCAUCAGCGGACACCGGGGUGGGCGGGUACAGAUACUAG